CGAGGAGUUCGAGAAGGAGCUUCGCGAAGCAACAGUCCCGUCCUCGAAUAAGCCUCAUGCGGCUCGCACACCAGAGGACAUAUCCACUACUGGUGCAGCCAUAGAAGACAGCAGCACCACAACUGUUAUCGAUGUGGGUGGCUAUGACGGCGCGAGCGUGAUUUUCGACGUUUUAUCC